CUGAAGCAGAUGGGGGUGCAGCUGGAGGAGGAGUACGAGGAGAAGCAGAAGGUUCUCAGAGAGAAACGUGAGCUGGAGAGCAAGUUAUCAGCUGUCAGUGAGCAGGCCAACCAGCGAGACUUUGAGACGGAGAAGCGCCUACGCCGGGACCUGAAGAGGACAAAGGCGCUUCUGGCUGAUGCUCAGAUCAUGCUGGACCACCUGAAGAACAAUGCACCCAGCAAGAGGGAGAUUGCCCAGCUCAAGAACCAGCUGGAGGAGUCAGAGUUCACCUGUGCAGCUGCUGUCAAGGCCCGCAAGUCCAUGGAGGUGGAGAUUGAGGACCUCCACCUGCAGAUCGAUGACCUCUCCAAGGCCAAGGCAGCUCUGGAGGAGCAGCUGAGCCGGCUGCAGCGGGAAAAGAAUGAGGUGCAGAGUCGUCUGGAGGAGGACCAGGAGGACAUGAAUGAGCUGAUGAAGAAGCACAAGGCGACUGUGGCCCAGGCAUCCCGGGAUCUGGCACAGAUGAAUGACCUCCAGACGCAGCUGGAGGAGGUCAACAAGGAGAAACAGGAGCUGCAGGAGAAGCUUCAAGGCUUGCAGAGCCAGCUGGAAUUCCUGGAGCAAUCCAUGGUGGACAAGUCGCUGGUGAGCCGGCAAGAGGCCAAGAUCCGCGAGCUGGAGACCAGGCUGGAGUUCGAGCGGACACAAGUCAAGCGCCUGGAGAGCCUGGCCACACGGCUGAAGGAGAACAUGGAGAAGCUGACGGAGGAGCGGGAUCAGCGCGCAGCCGCCGAGAACCGAGAGAAGGAGCAGAACAAGCGGCUGCAGCGACAGCUCCGCGAUGUCAAGGAGGAGAUGGGCGAGCUGGCUAAGAAGGAGGCAGAGGCCAGCCGCAAGAAGCACGAGCUGGAGAUGGACCUGGAGAGCCUGGAAGCUGCCAACCAGAGCCUGCAGUCAGACCUGAAGUUGGCCUUCAAGCGCAUUGGGGACCUGCAGGCAGCCAUUGAGGACGAGAUGGAGAGUGAUAGCAAUGAGGACCUCAUCAACAGCGACGGCGACUCUGAUGUGGACUCAGAGCUGGAGGACCGCGUGGAUGGGGUGAAGUCUUGGCUCUCCAAGAACAAAGGCUCCUCCAAAGCACUCUCGGAUGAUGGCAGCCUGAAGGGCAGCAG